CUUGAGAUUCGGCAGCAGGGGAAGGAGAGGCAGGUCGGGAACAGAGCACCGGUGGUUCUUCAUCCGUCGCCGGCCGCCAGUAUGAAGCACAGGUCGUCCCUGAAGAUGAUCCGCGCGCCGCCGCCGGUGGGAGUUCCGGCGCGCGGCUGGGGCGGCGGGAGGACGCUGCUGGUGGCCGUCCGGAGGGACGCGGCCGGGAGGGAGCUGCUCGCCUGGGCGCUCGCCAAGGCCGCCGCCGCCGGCGACCGCGUCGUCGCGCUCCACGUCACCACCGCCGACGUGUUCGGGAUGGAGGAGAGGAGCACAGCCGCCGCCGAUUCGCUCGCCUCCGUGCUCGCCGCGUACGACGGCUUCUGCAAUCUCAACCAGAUCAACCUGGAGCUCAGGGUCUGCCACGGCUCAUCCGUCAAGAAGGCUUUGGUGAAGGAGGCCAUCUCCUACGGCGCCGCGCAGCUCAUCCUUGGGGUCAUGAAGAACUCACCUCUUGGAUUGUGCGCCACGGCGGUCGCCAAGUACUGCGCCAAGAGAGUCCCGGGCAGCUGCACGGUUCUCGCAGUCAGCAAGGGCGCCAUCGUGUACCAUGGCAACGCGGCGCAGGAGCAGAUGAACCACUACUGCUGCACAAGUAUAACUUAUUCUGUGGUGGCGGAGACGCCGCGGAUGAUCUACCGGAAGAUACUCGACGCGGCGGCGACGGUCGGGGAGAAGGCUCGGGAUGACUCGGUGAUCGGGCAUGGCCGCUCGCUGGAGCGGAACGUGUCUAUGCCAAUGAGCGCCCGGAUCUCGCGGAAGGUGGCGGCGGUAGCACCGGCAACUCCGGCGGCGAGGAGUCAGCGGCGAGAACUGCCGGAGGUGGCUGCCGGGUGGCCGCUGCUAAGGAAGGACAUCAUGCCUGCCUCGCCCGAGUGUUCCGAGGUGUCCGUGGUUGAGUGGGCAAUGCGGCUUCCAAGCCGGUGCUCACCGCUGACGCCGGUCGGUUCAGCAGCCCCGGUGACCGAGGAAGUGUCUGAGGAAGUUCAGGAGGAGUUGGCUUCCAUCAGAGAGAAGUACUCUUCAACGUACACCAUGUUCAGUUACCGUGAUCUUGCGAGGAUCACCUCUAACUUCUCCUCAGAUAGUUUAGUCGGGAAAGGCGGCACGAGCUGGGUUUACAGCGGGCGCUGCGAUGACGGCAGGGAGCUAGCAGUGAAGGUCCUGAAAUCUUCCGAUGAGGUGUUGAAGGAGUUCGUCGCAGAGAUCGACAUCAUCAGCUCCAUCGACCACAGGAACGCCAUGGCCCUCGUCGGGUUCUGCGCCGAGCACGGCAAGCUCAUGCUGGUGUACAAUUACAUGAGCAGGGGCAGCCUGGAGGAGAUCUUGCACGGUGAGAAACAAGGGAAGGGUUCACGGUUAAGUUGGCCGGAGAGAUUCAAGGUGGCUGUCGGAAUCGCGCGCGCCCUCGAUUAUCUCCACGGUGGAGGCGGCGGCGGCAACGAGCGUCCGGUGGUGAUCCACAGGGACGUCAAGUCCUCCAACAUACUCGUCUCUGAAGAUUGCGAACCAAAGCUCUGUGACUUCGGCCUCGCGCUGUGGGCGGCCGACGCGGCGGCGCAGAUCACCGGGGACGACGUGGCCGGCACGUUCGGGUACCUGGCCCCUGAGUACUUCAUGCACGGCAAGGUCAGCGACAAGAUGGACGUGUAUGCUUUCGGCGUCGUCCUCCUCGAGCUACUCUCCGGGAGGAAGCCGGUGAGCUCCGGCGGCCCCAAGGGCCAGGAGAGCCUGGUGAUGUGGGCGAAUUCCGUCGUGCAAGGAGGCAAGCUAACGGAGCUCGUCGACCCGAGCCUGCCGACAGAGGACGGUGAUGCCGGCGAGGUCGAGAGGAUGACCAUGGCCGCCGCGCUCUGCAUCACUCGAGCCCCGCAACACCGACCGAGCAUGGCAAAUAUUAUCAAGCUACUCGACGGCGACAGCGACGCCAUCCAUUGGGCUAGAUCGCAGCUCGGCAUGUCAGACACCGGCGACGAUUACAGCGAGGAGUACUCGGCCGUCUCUUCCGAGAAAAUCGACAUCCAAUCGUACAUCAAACUCGCGCUGCUUGACAUCGACGUUGACGACGAUGACUCUGCUUCCGUGUGCAGCGUCGACUUCAUCCCCGCCAACAUGUCGCUUGAGGAGUACAUGAAGGGGAGGUGGAGCCGGUCAUCCAGCUUGACUGAAGAAGGAGGCUCCGCCCAUGGCGGGAAUCCCAGGAUUUUUGUGUAGAUAUCAACCAUUCUUUUGAUUCUUUCAUUUCGGUGUAUAUAUUGAGCAGUUAGGAGGGUAGUUACGAAUGGGGAUAUGCAAUUCCCUUGUCCAGUUUUGAUGUUUCUUCUAGUUAGUCCUCAUUGAUUUCUUACAACAUUUGUGUACCCUACCCCAAAGCAUCAA